AUGGCAUCUAGAUCGGAAUUGAUUCAAUGGUUGAACACUACUUUGGAACUUAACUAUACCAAGGUUGAGCAAUGUGGUAGUGGUGCAGCAUAUUGUCAAUUAAUGGAUUUGAUUUAUGGAGGAGUUCCAGUUCAUAAGGUGAAAUUUGAAUCUGCUCAUGGCGAGUAUGAUUAUCGUCAUAAUUUCAAGAUCUUACAAGCGUCAUUCACUCGUAAUCAUAUUACCAAAGUUAUAGAUGUGGAAAAGUUGAUCAAAUGUCGGUUACAAGAUAAUUUGGAACUUCUUCAAUGGUUCCGCAAACAUUGGAUGGACAAUAAUCAAGGUGUUAACCCUACCUACGAACCUAAGACUAGAAGAAAAGCACUGACAGGGAAUAGUACCAGUGAACUUACCAUUCCCAAAACAAGAGGAAGAAUCAAUCCACUGUUGCAUGAUACGCCAUCAAGAAAUGUCAGUACUAGUUCUGUGAAUAGUGUAAGAUCUUCAGGAAAAGCCUCCACUUCGGGUCCAAAUUCUAGAAGAAGUACACUUACAGGUUCUCGUUCCAGUACUAACAUCAUUGUUAACGGAGGUGAAUCAAAUGGUUCUAGACGUUCAAUAGUACCAUCUGGAAGCAAUUCAACUCUUCGGAAAGUAUCCACAGAAGUCGCAGAUGAUGGAGCGAAACAAUUGAUGCAAAGAAAGAUUGAUACGCUUCAAUCUCAAGUGAAUCUGUUGACCGAAGAACUAAAGGAAACUACAGUUUCUGCCGAGUCUUUGGAAACUGAACGAAACUUUUAUUUCAAUAAAUUAAGAGAUAUUGAAAUUCUCACUCAAAACAUCAAAGAUGGUCAAGAAAACGACAAAUACCCUGAAUUAACAAGAUUAACUGUUAUGGAAUAUAAUGAUAAAAUACAGGAAAUCCUUUACUACACUGAAGAAGGAUUCCAUAUAUCAGAAACAGCUGAUAACAUGGAGCAAGAUGUUGAUAUUGAAGAUGAAAUGUUUUAG